AUGAACAACAAAAUUUUAAAUGAAAAAGAAAAGAUCUACAGUGAAUUCGGAGAGCAAGUUAUUAAAAUAAUUUUGGAAAUUUGGAAAACGGAAAUGUUAGUUCCACAGUUUGAAUUUGGUAAAAUAAAUAACGAAUUGAUGAAUUACAAAAUUACUCGGGGUUUAAUAAUAUUAAUUAUUAGGUAGUUCAUAAAUGUUAUAACAACCUUUAAAAUAUCUAUAAUGCCUAAAAACGUAUACAGUUUAUACCGAAAACGCACCAAAAGAAAUUACUUAUUUUAAAAUUAAAAAAACAUUUUGCCUUCAUUCAGGCGGUGUCUUUUUUGUAAAUUUAAAUUUUAAAAUAAAUUAAGUUUUUUCAAAUUAAAUUUUUAUCAAUUCUCUAUAAUAAUUAUUAUAGGUAGAUGUAUUUUUAAUUAUUUCGAAUACUACAAAAUUAUGUCCAAAUUAACGUCAUUAAGGAAGACAUCCCGGUGUCAUAGUGGUUUUAUCGACAAAAAUACACUCUACGGAACCAGCUAUACUAAUUAUUUAGAUGUGUAGAUCAGUAGAAUAAAAUUUAAUAUUAUAUUUUUUAAUAACAUUGAAAAUGAGUCUUCAAAAAGAUUUUUCCUGCAGACGAUUUAUACCUAGCGUGGUAAUAAUAUAGUGAGUAGUAAAAUACUGUGACAUUUUGCGCAGUCUUUAAAGUCCGCUUAACGUAACCAUGACGCGUCAUGCCACUAUGUCAAACAAAAAAUGCAACACUACUUUCCCCCGUAUCAAAAUGAAAAAUGAAAUAUCGCGUCAACGGAUUGACAGAAAUCAAAAAUGUCCAUACCAAAAUAAAUUUAUUUAAUAUAGUUGCCGUUUGAAAAAGUUUUCAAAAAAAAAAGGUUUUACACCUAAAAAUAAUAAUGUAUAAAACAAUUUUACCGUUCUAAAAAUCGAAUGAGCCCUUAUUGUAACUAUUUCACAAACAUACUGAAACAUUUAAAAAACUGAAUUACCAUAAUAGGUAGUUAAUUUAUGUACAGUUUUACUGUAAAUCUCACAACUGAUGAUGAAUCAUUAAGUUUAUACACAUUUUUCAAAGAUUUAAUCAAUUUAAUUCCUUUUUAAGUUUUCAAUUCUAAUAAAUAAUUAAAAUAACUGAUAAAAAUUGUGCAAUACGAAUAAUACCGUGGAAAAAUGGUACUUUUUCUUGAAAAUAGAACGAAAAAUGAAUAUUAUUUAGAAAUGAUAACGAAAACUAAUCGAAUUAUCGUAAAUCUAAAACACCUUUAAAUAAUAAAAAAAUGUACACAUAUUUACACUCGGUAUUCGUAAGAAUAAAAAUUUAAAAAUAAGGACACAAGAAAUAAUCCCCAAGAUUUAAAAAAAAAUGUUUUCUGGACGAGUUAUUAAAUAUUUGUAUGAAAAAGGUGCGGCAAGCACAACAGACAUAGCAAUAUACAUGUAUAUAGUUGGCGGCACAGUUUUAUUUCUCCGUAAUUCUCUGUUGUCACGAGUUCCGAAAUAGGGUCUUCCGAAUACCUACCCUAACUACCCUACCUAUUAGAUUGGGACGCCCGCCGUAUAUUUCAUAAAAUGUAUAAUAUUUUGUGUAGGUCUGCCGUACCCGAAAUAAACGCAAAACUAAAUGCAGCGAUAGAAAUUAUUAUCUGGUUUAAGAUAUAAUAAUGUGUAACGUACAUUCUCGUAAAAGUAAAAAGAAAAAUAUUGUGUAUGUAAAACAAAAUGAGUGCACGGAAUAUACCCGUUUUGAAAUCGGUAACUUAUUUACGCCCCUUAAUACUGUAAUUGCUAUUACCCUCUCGAAUAUAAUUCAUUAUAUUAUACUUAUUCGUUUUUAAAUUUAUCUACUCGAUAGUAGCACCAGUUAAAUACCGGUUUUCGAUUUCGUUGUUGAGCUGAUGUCUGGUUGAUUUGGUAGAAUCGGGAACGAAUUAUUACAUUAUCGGUAUCCACCGAAUAAUCGAAAGAAUGGACCGAAUGACUGAGGGUUGCCACGAAUUUUUAAACUGUCUCGGAUUAAUAUGUCAAGGAUGGUACACAAACAUCGACAUUUUGGUUAGAGAGGGAAACACAGUAGUAAUAAAGUUGGGAUGGAAUGCACACGAGUACUCCGAAUGCGCAGACCGCCCAACCUAAACUAAAAAUCUUGCUACCUGUGCAAUUUACACACUUUUACCAAUUUACCAUAAUGCUACGGCAAAUAUUAUGGUCCGAUAUGAAAUAAUAUAAUAUGUAACGUAUAGUUAGGCUAUUUAUUUUUUUUAUUCAACUUAAAUUUAGUUUAAUAAACGUAUUUUAAAAUUAAAUAAUAAUUAUUUAUUUAUUUGUUUUAUCCAAAACUGUUAAGGCCUAAUCGAGUAAACAUCUAUAGAGUAUUUAUAUAAUAUAAUAUAUUACCUUUUUUCUUUUUGUCGAAUAGUGGAUUUGAUGGUUAUGUAUAGAUGGGCACAACCGUACACUAACGAAUGGAACAAGAAACUGCCUUGGAAUAAGAUGACCAUGAUCGUAAACAAAUAUUCCGGUUUAAAAGUGGGAGGGGCAUACAGUUGGUAUACUGCAAGGGUAGAAGGUCCGCCAAUGACGGCUCAAGAAACGAAGGUCAAGAUCUCAUAA